AAGAUUGGGGGAUGUCACAGAGAUCCUGAUGCCCGGCUGCUUUCUCCAGACAAGCUUGAGAAGCUGAGACCAUCCUCAUCCCAGCCCAAGUACGGAACAGAGACAAGGACUGGAGCUCAGAAGAUGCCUUGUGAAUGCUGCCUCCAGCUGCCAGCAGUGACCUGGGUGCUGCUGCUGGUGACAACAGCCUUUGCCAUGGAGUGUCCCCAGAUGAAGGUGGGGACGUGCAARGACUGCAUCCAGUCUGGUCCUGGCUGUGCCUGGUGCAAGAAGCUGAAUUUCACUAAAGCCGGCGAGCCAGACUCCAUCCGCUGCGACACCAUCGAGCAGCUGGAGCAGAGGGGAUGCCCACGCAGUGAGAUUGAGUUUCCACGCAAUGACAUCAAAAGAACACAGGACCAGCCCCUAAGCAAUGACAUACAGCUGACUCCACAGGAGGUGCACCUGAAGCUGAGGAUAGGCCAGCCUGCUGCGUUCGAGGUGAAGUUUCGCCGUGCCAUGGGGUAUCCCAUUGAUCUCUACUACCUCAUGGACCUCUCCUACUCCAUGCUGGAUGACCUGGAGAAGGUGAAGAAGCUGGGAGGGGAGCUGCUCAGGGCACUGGAGAGCACCACCUCUUCUCGGCGCAUCGGGUUUGGCUCCUUUGUGGACAAGACGGUGCUGCCCUUUGUGAACACACACCCUGAGAAGCUGCAGAACCCCUGCCCCAACAAGGACAAGAAUUGCCAGCCUCCCUUCGCCUUCAAGCACAUCCUGUCACUGACCGAUGACGCUAAGAAGUUUGAGAGCGAAGUGGGGAAGCAGUUCAUCUCAGGGAACCUGGAUGCCCCAGAGGGGGGGCUGGAUGCCAUGAUGCAGGCAGCAGUGUGUGGGGACCUGAUUGGCUGGCGCAACGUGACCCGCUUGCUGGUGUUUGCUACUGAUGAUGGCUUCCACUUCGCUGGGGAUGGCAAGCUUGCGGGCAUCCUGACCCCCAACGAUGGCAAGUGCCACUUGGAGGACAACAUGUACAAAAAAAGCAACGAGUUUGACUAUCCGUCUGUUGGCCAGCUGGUCCAAAAACUUGCUGAAAACAACAUUCAGCCCAUUUUUGCUGUCACCAGUAAGGUGGUGGAUGUUUAUAAGAAACUCAGUGAGUUGAUCCCAAAGUCGGCGGUGGGAGAGCUGAAUGAGGACUCCAGCAAUAUCAUUGAGCUCAUCCAGGUGGCCUACAAUAACCUCUCCUCUCUGAUCAUCUUGGAYCAUUCCACCUUGCCGGACACUCUGGAUGUCAAAUAUGACUCCAAAUGCAAUAAUGACAAGGACUCCAUGGAUGAAGCAAGAGGCAUAUGUGACAAAGUCAAGAUCAAUGAUGAGGUCACCUUCAAAGUGAAGGUCACAGCCAAGGCAUGCAUUCCAAACUAUUCCUUCACCAUCCGGCCGCUAGGCUUCACAGACACCCUCACUGUCCAUGUGGCCAGCAACUGCGACUGCCACUGCAAUGACAAGCCAGACCCAGCUGCUUGCAAUGGGCAAGGCRUCAUCGAAUGUGGGAUCUGCAGCUGCAAUUCGAGAUACACAGGGAAGAACUGUGAGUGCGACACCAAAGGCAAGAGCAGCAAGGAGCUGGAGCGCAGCUGCCGGAGGGACAACAGCUCAGUGAUCUGCUCGGGGCAGGGGGACUGUGUGUGCGGGCAGUGCGUCUGCCACACCAGCAACACKCCUGGCAAGUACAUCUACGGCACCUACUGCCAGUGCGACAACAUGGGCUGCGAGUUCUUCAACGGCUCCCUCUGCGGYGGCACAGCACGCGGGCAAUGUGACUGUGGGAAGUGCAAGUGCCUGUCUGGAUACGAGGGCAGCGCCUGCCAGUGCCAGCAAUCGACGGCAGGCUGCCUCAACAGCCGAGGACACGAGUGCAGCCUCCGCGGGACCUGCCACUGCAACCACUGCCAGUGCCGCGGCAGGUACCAGCCGCCCCUCUGCCAGGAAUGCCCGGGCUGCCCUUCACCCUGUGGCAAUCACAUCUCCUGUGUGGAGUGCAAGUUCUUCAACAGAGGCCCCUUUGAGAAGAACUGCUCCCAGGCCUGUCCCAACAUCCAUCUGUCCACCAACUCAACACAGGUCAGCAGCAAGGAUAGGAAAUGCAGGGAAAAGGAUUCCCAGAACUGCUGGAUGUCCUUCCRUAUGAUUCAGGAGGAUGGYGAGGAGAUUUACACCGUCAUCGUCRAUCCUGAGAGAGAGUGCCCACAGCCUCCCGACAUCCCACUGAUCGUGGGCAGCACCGUUGCCGGCGUGUUCCUCAUUGGUAUCCUGGUCCUGCUCAUCUGGCGGUUCUUGAUGGAGCUGCUUGACCGUCGGGAAUACCGCCGGUUUGAAAAGGAGAAGAGCAAAGCCAAGUGGAAUGAUGCUGAUAACCCCCUCUUCAAGAGUGCCACCACCACUGUCGUCAACCCCAGGUUUAAUGAAUAAGGCAACACCUGGCAGCACUGGGACCCACUGUUAAAUAAGGAAAUGCCAAACUAAGGAAAGCUCAAAUCAAGGAAAUGUUGAACUAAGGCUCCCACCCCCUCUUCUUUAAGCUCAUGGUWUCUUCCCUUCUUCCAAGAGGCUCCCCUCAUGUCAGGUGCUGGCUGAGGGACUGCACCAUGCCAGUCUCCUGGCCCACUGCUUGACUGCUGGAUUAGUGGAACUGGGAAAAGGGAACACACACAACUUCAGGCCUCACCACAGGAACAUGCAGUGGCUCCUGCCCCAUCUCCUGAUGAUAACUUUGCUUUCUGUCAGGAGACUUUGACACCAAGCCCCAAAGCCAGCUGAGAGCACAGAGUGCUCCCAGUUUUGAUUUUGAGCUGGGAAUUCAAAACUGCCGUCUCUCAUCUGCUCCAGCAGGAUCUGCUCCCAGGCUGCUCCAUGCCUUCCCCUGCUGCAUUGAUCUCCACCACUAUGCAAUGUUUUUCAAAGAACUCACUGCUGACUUGGGCAUAAAGGGUCCAAGCAGCCACUCCACAAGCUGCAGUGAUGUGAUGGGCCCUGAGGUCUAGUGAGCACCUGUACCUUGAGAUGAAGAGCAGCUGGAGAACAUGCACUGAAUCUUUUUUCCAAAUCACCGACUGCUUCCUGACAUUGCUCCCUGCUCACACCUACCUCAGGCAAAGUUCUUCUUGGGCUCCUGCGUGCUUGGUUUACCUCCACCAUGCCUUGAAGUUCUCUGCACAGGAAGAAGCCACUGUUUGAWCUGUGAAACUUUGGUGCUGAGCACCUGGAAAAUUCCCUGAAGGGUGAAGGUCAGGCACACUUCUUCCCCUGGGGCAUGAUCUUCUCCCUGCUCUGCAAGCAUAUCCAACAUACCAAGAGCCAGCUGUGCAGAACACCUGGCAGUGUCUGGAGCAUCUCCAGCUCAGCACUUAUCCCAAUCACACACAGCAGCCAGUUGCUCUUACAUGGUGGGUCAGUGGCGCAGAGAUACAAUUCCUUAUUUGCUUUAAGUUUGGGAUUAAUUUGCCUACAGUUGUAUUGUGUKCCAUCUUCAUUUGCUUUCUGAAGGGGUUCAACAUGAAUAAAGAUUGAUACACAA